UCCCGUAAAUCCGAGUUUCCCCAUUCCAUGGCUGCAGGCUGGGGAUGACAGCGGAUCCGUCGCUGCGCUGGAGCCGUGCCAGCAGUUGCUGCUCUCGCUGGCUGUCGCUGCUCGCUCCCGCUCUGGCUCUUCCCAUUUUUUCCCCCCUCCCUCUCUUUGAGGUUUUUCUGGCGCUCAACUCCGAGGUUCGCAGCUUCUCUGUCUCCUGCUGUUCCACGGGAGGCAGCGCCGGGAGGAGCCGCGUUCCUGCCUCCUUGUCCUGGGAAACUUCACCAUGCGGCUGGAAGAACUCAGGAGGCUCCAGCACAGCCUGGAACGGGUCAAUGAUGGCAAAGACUCACUCCAAAGCCACCAGCUCGCCAUGGAUGAAGAAAAUAAUAUCCAGGAAUAUCCUAUCAACCUCCAGCCCCUGGAAUCCAAAGUGAAAAUCAUCCAGCGAGCGUGGCGGGAGCACCUGCAGCGCCAGGAGCUGUCCCCAUCCCCGGAGCUACGGGACAAGGGCAGCCCGUCCUCGGUGUCCCCAACGUCCCCAACGUCCCCAAUGUCCCCAAGGUCGCCGGCCUCGGGCAAGAUGAGCAGGUCUGUCAGCAUGAACACCUUCUCCGACAGCAGCACCCCCGUGAGUCCGGCUGGAAUUGCUCCUUUUCCUUUGCUGCCUUCCUUUCUGGGGUUUGGGAGGAGGGAACGCUCCGUUGUGCGUUCAUGGGUUCAAAAGGGGUUUUUAGGUGUCUCAAAUGAGCUCCAGGCAGAGAUUCCUCUUGUAGUCUCAUCAGGAUGUGUGACUGUGGGUACCAGACCUGAAUUCAGCAGAUUUUGGAGGUGUUCUUGCUGGUUAAAAGGGGCUUCCCAGUGGUCCUGUGUCCUGUUUGUUUUGGAUAUUCCCAAAUAUCCAAAGGUGUUCCCAAAAAACCUCAAAUUGUGGUGCUUUUCAUGCAAAGAAAUGUGGUUUGAUAUUUGGUUUUGUUUUGUUGGUUGA